AAAAAAAAACUUUUUCAUUCUUCUCUUAACUUUUAUUUUAUUCUACUUCUACUCAUAUAUAGUGAUCAUAAGAAGUAACAACAUGCAACAAAAUUCAGAUUUGCUCUCAGGGCGCGUCAAGAAUUUGGAGGAUAUGAAGCGCCGAACAUUGGCUGGGAACUGCGGUGUUGCAGUUUUCGCAAUUGCAUUCGUUUGCAUCGUUGUGGCAUUUUCCACACCAAGUUGGCUCGUUAGUGAUUACCGUAUAACUGGUGCCAAAUUAGAUCGACUUGGUUUAUGGGUUCACUGCUUCCGAUCGUUACCAGAUGUGAAUGAUGAUUAUCAGAGAAGAUUCUUUGUUGGAUGUCGAUGGGUUUAUGAUCCAUUUACGACAGGUUAUGAUGAGAUUCGAGGAUUUUUAAUGCCUGCAUUCAUGAUUUUUACUCAAUUCUUUUUCACACUUGCCUUUAUUGGAGUCUUUGGAUCACUGAUUCUCGUACUUUUAUACUUCUUGUGUGGUGGACCUGAUCAGAAAUACUUCCUGUUGAUGCUCAAAAUCACAGCCUUCCUCCUCCUUGCAACUGGAACCUGCGCUAGUUUAGGAGUAAUCAUCUUUGCAUGCUUUGGUAAUCGAGAUAAAUGGAUGCCAGGCUAUGCAAAUAAUUGGUUUGGAUGGUCUUUUAUACUAGCAGCAAUUGGUUCUGUUGCUGCCCUUGUAUGCUCGUCACUCUUCUUCACAGAACAUCACGCACAAGAAAGACGAUUGAGACAAUUUAAAGAAUCUCAGCUUCGAUUUGAGAUGGAGCACGAAACGAAGACAUAAUAUUGUAGUCAUAGACGAAAGAUAUAGUAUCGAAUCUUAAAAAUUACAGAAAUAUGAUCUGAAUUCUUUUUUGUACUAAUCGCUCAAAAGCGCUGCAUAAAAUUUCAAGUUUAAUACAAUGAUGCUGAGCUUAUUCAUUUUUGAUAAGUUCUACAUCCUUGAUUUAAUAUUAAGGUUCAUUUUUAGUGAAAUAAGUCAAAUGUCCAAAAGUUUGCUGUCUCCAUUUUUUUCUAACCAAUUAAUUAUAGAUUAGAAUUAAGAUAUAAAGUAUAAAUCCGUCCUCAGAAGAAAUUUUAGGUACUAUUAAGCAUUCCGUCCUGUUUUUUCAUGUUGUAAAUAUGACAUGCAAUUGAAUGUUUUUUAUUUGUUUGUUUUUAUAGAAGUAAAACUUUUUUAAAUGAUUGAAAUAAAGAUAUUUGAAAAUCCGAA